AUGAUAAGGAGGAUGAUCUUGGAGAGCCUAGGCAUCGAGAAAUACUCGGACGAACACAUGAACUCGACCUACAAUCUUCUGCGGGUCAUGAAGUACGAGGGGCCUCAAACCACUGACGCCAAGCUCGGCCUCCACUCUCACACGGACAAGAAAAUGGUCACCAUCUUGUGCCAGAAUGAAGUCAACGGCCUCGAAGUCCAGACCAAAGAUGGUAAACGGCAGACUGCACUCUCCGGGACACUGAGUCAUGAUGAGCGGGAACGAGGCAAGGUACUCGGUCGGACUGUUCUCGGUUCCGAAGGUGGGUGCAUAGUAAAGGCGCCCGAGGAAUUGGUGGAUGAAGAGCACCCUCUGCUCUUUAAGCCCUUCCAUCAUUUGGAGUUCGAGGGGGUUCUGCAACACUGA